AUGGAGCCUCCGCGCCCCGAGGCCGAGCGGCGGCCCCCCGGGCUGGAGGCGCCGGGACCCGCCGCCGACCGGCUUUUCCUGGUCAAAGGCGGGCUUUUCCUAGGUACUGUCGCCGCUGCCGGAAUGCUGGCUGGAUUCGUUACAACAUUGUCACUGGCUAAAAAGAGAAGCCCUGAAUGGUUCAAUAAGGGAAGCGUGGCCAGCGCUGCGCUGCCGGAGAGCGGGUCUUCGCUGGCCUUGCGAGCCCUGGGCUGGGGCUCCCUGUGUGCGUGGUGCGGGGUUGGUGUGAUCAGCUUCGCCGUCUGGAAAGCUUUGGGAGUUCACAGUAUGAAGGACUUCCGGAGCAAAAUGCAGUCGAUAUUCCCGGCAAUCCCCAAGAACGCCCAGCCUGCCGUGGAGUGGGAGGACGCGCUGAAGUCCAAGUGA